GUCCGAACUUCGAAACACCCAUUUCCACACCAUCAAUAUCAUCUGUCCCCUGGCAUGAUCCGAGAGUUUUCAAGCAUGGACAGCUCAACAGGGAACGUUUCACCCUCCAACUGCUUUGUAAUGUUUUUGCGACACUUCGAAUUCCUCAACCAACUACUCUGUGUGUUGCCUGUUUUCUGCAAGCUCUGAAUGAACUAGAGCUAGUAGAGUUAUGAGAGCGCUGAUUAGAUGCUGGUUUGACAGCUUAGAGCCACAUUUGAUCAAGUUCAGACAGCCGAUCAUUUGGAUUUGUUGCAACGAUAAUUCUAGAACUGAGUCUAUGGGGCGGGCAUUCGGUCAUCCUACUGGUGACCCUUGUGGUAUCGACAGCAGAAUACUCAAUGCUUUCAGGGGUUCUCCGAUGGAGGAUACCAUUGCGUAGAGGCGGCAAUGCGGCCACGUGCGACCCUCGCGUCGGUUAUGACGCUGAUACUUGUUGCUAGUUUUGCAAGCACCGGUUUGGGCGCGCAUACCCAGCAGGAGAUAUAUGUACCUUCCUACGUCUAUCCUUGCAGCGGUACUGCUGGUUGUGCUUGGGAUGUGUUCAAAACCGGAGCCACAUUGGUAAUCAUCAACCCCGCCAGUGGCCCGGGCACCGCCUCUAACGCCGACUAUGUUAACCUCGUCAACACAGUGAAGGCGGGCAGUUCCACGGUCAAGAUCGUGUUAGGCUAUGUAUCCACCAACUACGGUAACCGAGACUCUGCUCUAGUGCUGGCAGAUAUCGACAAGUACUACUCCUUCUACAAUGUCGAUGGCAUAUUCCUUGAUGAAGGAUCUACCGACUGCACCAAAACAAGUGUUUACAAGUCCUACGACACUCGAGUGAAAUCCAAGGCAGGGUUGGGGUACACCGUGCUGAAUUGGGGUGUUUACGGCCCUGAGUGCUAUCUCACCAGCACCCACAUCGACAAUUACGUGAAUUUCGAAAAUACAUUCGCCCAAUACACCAGUGCCUAUGCGAGCGCUGUUCCGUCAUGGGUAAACAAAUACGACUCUUCUCGGUUUUGGAAUAUCCUCCACACCGCCCCCAACAACGCAACAGCGGUCACGCAAGCAGUAGGAACGGCCAAGACUCGAAACGUAGGGCAGGUCUACAUCACAAAUGACGUAUUGUCCAAUCCAUUCGACACUGCCCCAGCAUCGGCUCUGUGGACCGCACAAGUCAACAAGGCCAAGAGUUGCACCUGAUCGGUCGAUCAUCAGGUUCUCAUGCUCCGGCAGUCGUCGACUUCAAACCGAGAGUCCAGCAUGCUAUUGUAUGUGAAUUCGGCCGCACCGCAAACCCCAUUUACUCCGUCCAUGUGACCAAGUAUAAUAAGCCCAACGUCGUUGGGUCUAAGCUCACGACCCCUAGAUGAAUGUGUGAUGCUGAUUUACGGUGCCUUUAUUGAUUGUUUCCUUGAGUGGGCGUAAUCCACUUUCUUGAUCAGUUUCCCUUUACUCUCAGAUAACAAGGGUGUGUUGAGGACUCUUCCACAUAUAUUUAUCUGCCGCAGUGCUAAGAGAACUCAGGAAUUUAGGAUCUACAUUGUUGCUUGAUAUGUUGUGGCUGUUGUGCGGAUCAUGAAACUUUUAUUUUCAUCACCGUCAGGGGUUUCAUCAGAACUACUGGCGUAUAGUGACCGACACUGAGUAAAUCGUAGCUGUAAAUCAAGUUCAUGGUCUGCAUGAGUAUUGAACCUUUGGCC